UUGUGCAUGUCUGGGAGUCAAGAACAGAUGUACAUGUACGUUAUGUCGUGUAUGUGCAGAUGUCAGGAAGUCGAGUGCAACCCCCUCCCCCUCUGCUCAGCGGAGAAAAGACACGUUGCAUGGACGAACAAUCGCAUGCCUUACUAUCCUUUUAUCAAAGCGUUAACUGUACGCGUAACUGUGACUGUAUUGCAUUUAGCCUUGUAGGGUGAUCUUUUUCUGUUCCAGUCCCCAUAUUCGCCUUGUGUGGAAGGCUAGUGGUUGCGAGACCCAUGCGAGAACAGAAUGGCGGAACCUAUUGAAUUGAAGAUGGAGAGUGACAUUAAAAAACCAGAUACCAAUGAAAUAAACAUAGUUAAACCAACUGUUCCUCUUGACUUGUCCAAAUUGUCUGAGAAGGAAAGAUGGAAGAUAGAGCACCAGCGUCUGCACGAGAAGCACAAAGGCCACGAGGCCAUGCACGCAGAGAUGAUCCUGAUCCUGAUCGCCACGCUGGUCGUCGCGCAAGUCCUACUGGUCCAGUGGAAGACCAGGCACUUCAAAUCGUACCAGAUCGCUACGCUGGUGGGCAUGUGGGCAAUACCGGUCUAUUUCUGCUUGACUCUCCACUGGUGGCGAUUCCUGGUCAUCUGGACCAUCUUCUCGCUCAUCACAGCCUUCAUCUCCUACAAGGCCACCCGCAACCCCUUACCUGGAACAACACCAAGACUUGUGUACAAGUGGUUUUACACAAUCUACAAGAUCAGCUACGCUCUGGGUGUCUGCGGGUACACGGUCAUCAUGUGCACCUUCCUCAACCUCAACCUGCUCUUCCUGAUUCGCACCGACAGGUCCAUGGACUUUGGCCUGGUCUUGCUGUUCUACGGACUGUACUACGGGGUGCUUGGGCGGGAUUUCGCCGAGAUAUGCUCGGAGCAAAUGGCGGCUCGCAUAGGGUAUUACACAAAGUCAGGGCUGCCAGGCCGAGCUUUAGAGGAAAACAUCUGCGCCGUGUGUGGCCAGAAGAUUUACAUACCCGAUGAGGACGAAGAAGUGGUUGAACGAGUCUAUGAGCUGACGUGCAAACACAGAUUCCACGAGUUCUGCAUACGAGGCUGGUGCAUUGUGGGUAAAAGGCAAACCUGCCCCUACUGCAAGGAGAAAGUGGACUUGAAAAGGAUGUUCAAAAACCCAUGGGAACGGCCGCAUGUCAUGUUCGGUCAGCUUCUGGACUGGAUUCGCUACCUCGUUGCCUGGCAACCAGUCAUCUUUUUAGUGGUCCAAAGCAUCAACUAUGUAUUAGGGCUGGAGUGACAGUUCAGGAGAAAUGCAGUCGAAAAGUUUGCCAUUUCAGUGAAGUACUUUGUUGGGGUUUAGUUUUAUACAGUACCUACAUAAAUCCUUGACAUAUAAUGGAUGGAGUGAUGAUCACAUGUCAUCGAAUUAUUUGUUGUAUUCAACAGCACCCGCUGAAUAGAACUUAAUAUUUCAUUCUGGAAAAGAAAAGAAAACAAAUAAUGUAGGGACAGGAACCAGUCUAACAGUGCAUUGUAUUAGUAAGCACUACCAUUGUGGUUGCUGUGCUUCAGACGCGAUUUUCUUUUGCAGGAUGGCAGAGGUAAAUACAUGAGGACCAUUUGUUCCAACAGGAAAGGGAUUUAUGCAGGUGUCGUUUAAAACAAACACUGUUUCACAUUCAUGCAAUAGUAAGAACAUUUUCAUUCGUUGACAGAUGAAAUCUUCCAUUCUACUCAGCUUUGCCUCAUGAAAUGGAACACUUCAUCUCUCACCUCAGGAAAUUAUCCUUACCAUUGCAUUUAUGAAAUUAUUUGUAUAAGACAUGUUGUUUCCCACACCCUGUUUGUCUCUGUGUCUGUCUCUCUGUGUCAUUUUCUGGGCAAGACCAAGUCUGAGAACAUUUUAUAUCCUUUGUAAUGAAAUUUCAGUCCAACAGAGGUUUUUCCUCUGGUACCAUAGCCCUAAAAACAUGAUGUCUCGUUUUGUUUACGUACAUGUACGUUCACUUUCCUAUGGGGACUCAGUGGAUCGUGUCCAACCUCACUGCCAUGAAAGCUCACAUGUGAAUGAAGUGUGAUGUCAUCAUCUUACCAGUCUCUUGGUGCCCAUUUAUUCUCUUGGACAGAAGGGUCAAAUGCCUUGCUCAGGGACACGGGCCAUGGCCUUCAGUGGGAAUCAAACCCAUGACUCCUCUGAAUAAGAGCCACAAGCCCUUAUGGCCCUGUGGGACGGCUCAAACUCUUCAAAGUUUAGAAAAAAAAUUGAAAUCUGUUCUAGCUUUCCAUAUCCAUCUCCUAACCACCUCCACCCCACCAACCCCCCCCCUUUGAACACAUCCUACAGUAUCACUGCCCAACUUACAUGCACUGACAAUGAACACAGGGCUGCACUCGAAAUCUCCAUCUGGCCUUCUCACUUCUAAACCCCCACUUAUUUUCAGAUGCCCCGUAGUGUUAUCUAAGUGUGGUGUAAAUCUUAUGCUUUAUGGCAAAUAAUUGAUGUUAAAGGUUUUGUUAUGUGGUUGUCAUAUAUUGUCUCCUAACUUCUUGUGUAGCAACUAAUGCCUAAUAUUAUAAAAUACCAUUAUUAAUCCCAUCCUUGAAGGCCAGUUCAAACUGAAACGUGUCAGUGUAAGAGACAGCUUUCUUGUGGCGUUGGCUUCAGUGUUUCUCUCCAACUCAAAUGUUUUUGGCUGGAAAUGUUUUGUGACGUCGAAUUUGCUUCACUUUCAUGUUCGCCUUAAAUCGAGCUGGCCUUCACUAUGCUCAGUCUGGUAGGAGAUGUCUUUGUCCCAUUAUGAUAUUGUUUUGUAGCAUUUGAGGGAAUUCUAAAAGAGGAUGGGCCAGAUAAGCUCCCGGACAUGUGGUUGUAUCUGUGAUGUCUCAGUGCCCAAGUUAUGGUGGCCUUUUUCACAAGUCGACCAUAUUGAGGUAAACGCGAGGUUAGUUUCUUUAAUUUGGGAACCUGAGAAUAAAAAUGAAAGCAAUGAAAUGAAAGUUCAUUACAAAGUUAUAUUACCCCUCCCCCAAUAAAUAAUUCUUAACUCUUAAUUAAUUAUAUAGUUUUAAACAGGAAGGAAAGUGAGGCAUGGAACCUCCAAAUAGUCUGGCACUCUCCCAUUUAGCAGAUUACAUUAAUAAGUUGGGUUUAGGGAACAUGAUCUAAAUGGCGUCCUUGUAUAAAUAAAAUGUGUCUUUCCUCCACGGUCUGUCACAAAGGCCGAGUCCGAAACGGGCUUA